UUACAGCGGCGGCGGGGCGGAAGCGACGCGCCAUCACACGUGGGAGCGAGGCAGGCAGGGAGUGAGAGGCACCAUCCUUACCAAACAAAAUGGGCAGUAAAAGGAAGAAGAAGGGAGAGGCAGGAGAGGCAAAGAGGUACAUCACAAGAAAUGCUGCCGUCAAGAAGCUGCAGCUGUCUCUUAGGGACUUCCGGCGGUUGUGCAUCCUGAAGGGCAUCUACCCACGCGAGCCCAAGAACAGGAGGAAGGCACAGAAGGGUGACUCCACCAUCAAGACACUCUACUACAUGAAGGACAUCCAGUUUCUCUUCCAUGAACCCAUCAUCUGGAAGUUCAGAGAGCACAGGGCAUUCAGCUUAAAGAUCAAGCAUGCCAAGGCGAAGAAGGACCGGCCCAAGGUACAGCGCAUGAUGCAGAACAAGCCCAUGUACCGCCUGGACCACAUUGUCAGGGAGCGCUACCCCACCUUCACCCACGCCCUCAGGGACCUCGACGACCCCCUCACCCUCUGCUUCCUCUUCUCCAAGCUGCCACAAGUACAACGGACAACGCUAAACAUGGUGAACAUGUGCCGCCGCCUGACACUGGAGUUCAUGCUGUACGUGAUUGAGGCACAGGCGCUGCGCAAGGUGUUCAUCACCAUCAAGGGCUACUACUACCAGGUGGAGGUCAUGGGCCAGACCAUCACCUGGAUCACCCCACACCCCUUCACCCCACAGACCACCACUGGCGUGGACUUCCGCAUUAUGAGGGUGUUUGUGGAGUUUUACAUCACACUGCUGGGCUUCACCAACUUCCGGCUCUACCACCACCUCAACCUGCACUAUCCUCCCAGGCUGCCCCACGCUGACAUCAAGGAAGGCAGUGAGGAUGACAUAGAGAUGGGUGACCCUGAGCGUCUUGCCUCCCUCAAUUUCCCCCUGAAGAGGAACCAUGUGGAGGACAAUGAGUCAGAGACCAUUGAUACACACUUGCUGGAGGAGGAUGAGACCAGGCUGCAGGAGGCCAGGGAGGAGGAGAAGAAGAAGAAGCAACAGCAGAACCUAUUCAAGGGACUCAAGUUCUUCCUGAAUCGAGAGACCAACAUCGAGUCACUCACCUUUGUCAUCAGGGCGUGCAAGGGAGAGGUAUCAUGGGAGGAGUCCACAGCAGAGGGUAACACCUUCCCUGUGACGGAUGAGACCAUCACACAUGAGAUUGUGGACCGGGAUAACCCUAAGCAGCCCUACUUGUCCAGGUACUACAUCCAGCCACAGUGGGUGUACGACUGCAUCAACGCCCGCCUGCUCCUGCCAGUACAAGACUACUUUCCUGGUGCCACCUUGCCCCCGCACCUUUCGCCCUUCGACCUGGAUGCUCACGCCUACGUGCCCCCAGAGCAGAAACAACUGUUGGCGCGGCAGAGAGGAGAGAUCCCGGAAGACCAGCUGCCACGCCACCAGGACAGCGACUCAGACUCAGAGGAGGAUGAAGGCAGCAAGAAGAAGAAGAAGAAGACAAAUGAUGCAAAUAUUAGGCCUCUAGAUUCCUUCAAGAGCAGGACGCAGAAGAGGAAGGAGAAAAAGAGGAAGCUGGUCCAGAAGGAAGCUGCCAAGGAGCAGGAGAAAGAAAGCAAACCAGCACUGACUUGGGAGGACGUCAGCAGAGAGGCAGAGGCCAUGGAAACACAGGCAGCAGAGAACGGGAAAGACACAGCAACAAAGGAGAAUGGCAAGGAGGAAGCAGCAGCAGAACAGAAUGGGAAGGAUGCAGGAAUGGAGGAGAAAUGCAACCGGGAGAAGGAAAUGCGUGUGUACCGGGGCCGGGUGCAGAAGAUCAGCCCCAAUGCGGCAGAGAAGCAGGAGCUGGAGGAGAAGAAACUGGCCAUUAUGAUGAUCCCCCGCAAGAAGAAGAGGGUAUACCACAUGCUGCGGCGGAGGGAGAAGCGGAAGGAGUCUGGGGCACGGAGACUCACGCAGAAGAGGAUUGCCAUUGACCACGAGAAGGAGAAAGCGAAAAAGGCAAAGAAAAUGGAAGUAUAGUUAUUGUUUUGGUAGUAGCUUGGGUAUUGGGGGUAGGGUGUCAGAGGAAGGCUAGCUGUUGGCUUAUUGCUGAGUGUGGGGUGAUUGGUAAGUGAAAAGGCAAAAAGGCAAAGAAAAUGGAAAUAUAGUUAUGAUUUUGUUAGUGGCUUGGAUUUCUGGGGGGAAAGGGUGUAAGAGGAAGGCUAGCUGUUGGGUUAUUGCUGAGUGUGGGGUGAUUAAUUAGUGAGGUUACCAUCAGCCUCAUUGUUAAUUUGUCCCCUGUCGCAUUGUUUCCAUUAAGUGAAUUAGAAAGUCUGUCUGUGUUGGAUUUAUAUAUCACUUGUUGAAUUUAAGGGCAUAAUGAAGAUAAUGCCUGAUAAGUGCCCAUAUAACUGGAUUAUCAGCAAAUAUAAAUAAAAAGAAAAGGAU